AUGAAAGGAAUUGCCAGAUCAUUCGUCUACUGGCCAGGAAUCGAUAAAGACAUCGAACAAAUCGCCAAAUUAUGUUCAGAAUGUGCUCGACACGCACAUGCUCCUCCAAAAUUUCGCAGCCAUUAUUGGGAAUAUCCUAAAGCUCCUUGGGAACGAAUCCACAUCGAUUACGCAGGUCCAGUCUGUGGAUCUAUGUUGUUGAUUGUCGUCGACGCAUUUAGUAAGUGGCUGGAGGUUAUAGUCACUAAUUCUACGACAUCUUCAGCAACCAUCGCAAUUCUCGAUAAACUGUUUGCAACAUAUGGAGUUCCUAUCACAGUAGUUUCCGACAACGGACCUCAAUUUACAUCAGAUGAAUUUAAAAUCCACAUGGAGUCAGUGAGAGUGAAAUAUCAUAAAUUGACAGCUCCAUAUCAUCCGUCUACAAAUGGACAAGCAGAACGCUACGUGGAAACGGUCAAGGAUGCUUUACAGUCUUUGUCUUCUACACCAGCAACGCUCAAAUCGAAUCUCAACACAUUUUUACAACAUUAUCGCAAAGCUCCUCACUCGACUACGAAUCAAUCUCCUGCUUAA